ACGCGGCACACUUCGAAGCUGUCCAAUAACGCUCUGCGUGGGCCGGUUAUCAGCUGAUUAUCUUGCAAAAGCGUCAUGCCAUGUGCACCCUCCUCGCCGCUCGCUCUCGCAAAGUUUUCGCCGGCCGCAGAUCUCGUGUCACCGGCUCGGCGCGAUCACUUUUCCUCCUGGAGGACGAGCGAGCACGAUGGCAUCGACUGGGGAACUCGCCAUUUUGAGCGUAUCUAACAAGGCAGGUCUUCUGGACCUGGCUCGCAAGCUGCAGCAGGCAGGUUUGCGCUUGGUGGCUUCAGGGGGCACGGCCAAGGCCAUCCGUGACAUUGGCCUCUCAGUCAGGGAUGUAUCUGAAGUGACAGGUGCCCCAGAGAUGCUGGGUGGCCGAGUCAAGACACUGCACCCAGCUGUUCAUGGAGGUAUCUUGGCACGAAAGAUCGACAGCGACCUAGCUGACAUGAAGAAGCAAAGCUUUGAGUAUGUUAGUGUGGUUGUGUGCAACCUGUACCCCUUUGUGGAGGCCAUCUCAAAGCCCAACACCACCGUGGCUGAAGCUGUGGAACAAGUGGACAUCGGUGGUGUCACCCUUCUGAGGGCUGCUGCGAAAAACCACGAGCGUGUUACGAUCAUCUGUGACCCUGCUGACUAUGACGUGGUUGCCCAGGAGUUGCUGUCCUCGCCAACCCGCCAAACAAGUCUGGAGACAAGGAGGCGACUGGCUGUGAAGGCGUUCCUCCACACAGCCCAGUACGAUGCAGCCAUCUCAGACUACUUCAGAAAGCAGUACCUGACUGGUGUGGCUUGCCUCCCCCUUCGCUACGGCACCAACCCACACCAGGUUCCUGCCCAGCUCUGCACCAACCUGCCAAAGCUGCCAAUUACUGUGCUCAACGGAUCCCCGGGCUUCAUCAACCUCUGCGAUGCGCUCAACGCUUGGCAGCUGGUCAAGGAGCUCAAGGCUGCCCUGGGCAUUCCAGCUGCGACCUCUUUCAAGCACGUCAGCCCCGCAGGUGCGGCCGUGGGUGUGCCACUGUCGCGAGACGAGGCCAAGCUUUGCAUGGUGGACGACAUGUUUGAUGACCUGACCCCUAUUGCCACUGCUUACGCCAGAGCACGAGGUGCAGAUCGCAUGUCAUCAUUUGGCGACUUCCUUGCCCUCUCUGACGAGUGCGAUGCGGCAACAGCUAGAAUUGUGUCUCGCGAGGUGUCUGAUGGUGUCAUUGCACCAAGCUACUCAGAUGAAGCUCUGGCAAUCUUGGCCAAGAAGAAGGGUGGCAACUACUG